UUGGACCCGUUAACAGUUGGGCCGAUUUUCUUUGAAAAAUUCACUCAACUUUUCCAUUUCUAUCAACUCCAUAUAUCGUGAAACGUAAUUAACGGUUAGGAGGUUUCCCUGCGCGCUUUGCUCUGCUCUGCUCUGCUCAGAAAUGGCUCUUCUCGGAUCCAACAUCACCAGCGAGGUAGGGUUGAGGUUGCUACUUUGCCCUCUUGGUUCGAACAUUGUACUCCGAACUGCAUGUUGUUCUGUGGGGAUUGGUAUACCAGUAUACUGUACAUGCAAGGCAAUUGAAAGGAAAGAUCGUAUUGCACAAGAAAAGUGGCUUUUGUAUUGGGCAGCUUAUGGAUCUUUCAGCCUUGUUGAAAUAUUUUCAGACAAGCUUAUUUCAUGGUGCCCAAUGUACUACCAUAUGAAGUUUGCAUUUCUUGUUUGGCUCCAACUUCCUACUGUUGAUGGAGCAAAGCAGUUGUACACAAGCCAUCUACGCCCGUUCUUUUUGAAGCAUCAAGCUAGAAUUGAUCAAGUUUUGGGGCUCACAUAUGGCGAAGUGCAUAAACUCCUUAGUGCACACCAAGCCGAGAUCGAGUAUGCUAGGGUUAUGAUCAUGAAGAUUUUGGGUUCAGUUCGUUGCUCUCCCUUGUUUUUAACAGACCAGCCGCCUAAUUCAGGUGUACCCCGGCAGAAUGCGAUUGAAGGCCAGAUCAGACCGCCUAAUCCAGACCUACCAGGGCAGAAUGCGAUUGAAGGCCAGACUAGACCAGCACCAGUUUCGGAGUCUGAUCACGAUGAUUAGUGUUGUUAUUAAAAAGAGAAUUAUUAUUGCUUUUCGAAUGUAUAGUUUUGAAAUUCUUUCCGGCGCAAUAUAGAGACAAAACUACUUCCCUUGAAUUAGGUUGUCUAAAAUCUUUUGUUUGUCCGUUGAUUUGUAAAAUCUCCGAAGUAGCGGAACAUAUUACUAAGAAAAACAAUUUUGGGGUAAAUUACUAUUAGCAUGUCAUCUGUCGAUUAGACAAAUAUCAAAAGGUGAUUCAUUUUUCUCCA